GUUGGCAUGUCGAUCUGCUGCCACUGGAGUGAAGAGUAUCUGGAGAUGAGCGCAGACGAACAUGACAUGCCGAUCACCAUGGAAACUGCAACCAUAGCGCAACAGGAAGCCAGUGCAACUCAGAAAAUAACAAGUGAGAUACAGUCAGAUUCUGACUCACUCACACAGGUGAACGAAGGUGUAGCUGUGGUGUCAUUACCUAAUGGACAGCCACUACAAGUGCAGGGAGUCAUUCAGUCAACACAGCCCUCUGUUAUACAGUCACCUCAGAUACAAACUGUGCAGGUAGCUUCUGAUACUGCCGGUCCGGGUACAACUCCAUCAGAUUCUCAGAAGAGGAGGGAGAUUCUGUCCAGACGCCCGUCAUAUAGGAAAAUUCUUAAUGAGUUGUCAUCAGAUGUACCUGCUGUGCCAAAGAUCGAGGAAGAGGAGAGAGUUGAGGAAGAAGCCCCGCCCACCUCUAGUGUUGCUACGGUGACGGCACCAUCUUCAGUCUACCAGACCAGCUCUGGGCAAUACAUAGCAUUCACUCAGGGUGGAGCGAUACAGCUGACCGGCCCUGGAGGAGAGGCCUUGCAAGGGGUUCAGGCUCUGACUCUUCCCAGCCCUGCCACACCCCAGCCCGGGGCCACUAUCCUGCAGUACGGCUCCCAGCCUGGAGACCCUGGCCAACAGCUACUGCUAAGUGCUGGACAGGUGCUCGUUCAGAAAAAGCAUAAGGACGCGUCAGCUGCCAGCAACCCGCCAUGUAAACAAAAAGUCAAAGUACAUGAUAUUGCACCCUGUGUAGUUGAAGUGUCCGGACUGCCAAUCCCUUCCCCCGCUCACUUACUCCGUCUCUACACCGCCAUAUUUGCAGCCCUCACACGGCGCAACUAUGUUUCCAAAGCACAAUCAGAUGAUACACUGAAACAGCAGCUUACCUUAGCGAUCGCUCUCCUGUACCGCAUCGCGGCCUGCUGA